CUCUUCAUCUACCAGGAGAGAUGUCUCGUCCUGCGCACAAAAGGCCAGAAUAUCACAAAAUAAACAAAGACCUUUUUGUGCUCACCUAUGGAGCUCUGGUUGCCCAGCUAUGCAAGGAUUAUGAAAAAGAUGAAGAUGUGAACAAAUACUUAGAUAAAAUGGGUUACAACAUUGGAACACGGCUGGUGGAAGACUUUUUGGCUCGAUCCUGUGUGAGAAGAUGUCAUAGUUAUUCAGAAAUUAUCAACAUAAUCGCCCAGGUUGCUUUCAAGAUGUACUUGGGAAUUACACCAAGUGUGACCUGCCACAAUUCAAGCAGAAAUGAAUUUUCCCUGAUUCUACACAAGAAUCCACUGGCAGAGUUCAUAGAAGAGCUGCCUGCUGGGCGAUCUGCACUGUGCUACUGCAACUUGCUCUGUGGGAUCAUCAGAGGGGCCCUGGAGAUGGUUAAUUUGGCUGCUAAUGUUACAUUCUUGCAAGACAGACUAAAAGGCGACAGUGUGACAGAAAUCGGCAUAACAUUUCUGAAAAAGCUGGAUGAGAAAAAAUAUAGACGGAAAAAAUGA